CAGUCUACAGCUAGGAAGUAUAGGAACAACAUCGUUCUUCCAAAAUAAAAAAAAAAUAUAUAUAAUAAUUAUAAAAAGUGAAAAACAUAGUAAAACACUCAGAAAUAAGGAACGAUGUCCAACGUUAUUAAGAAGGUGAUUCCCAUGCUGGACCGCAUUCUAAUCCAGCGUUUCGAGGUGAAGACCACCACCGCGGGCGGCAUCCUGCUGCCCGAGGAGUCGGUGCCCAAGGAGAUGCAGGGCGUUGUGGUUGCCGUCGGACCCGGAGCCCGCAAUCCUGCUGGAGCUGGACACUUGUCCGUUGGCGUCAAGGAGGGCGAUCGCGUGCUGCUGCCCAAAUACGGUGGCACCAAGGUCGAUAUGGACGACAAGCGCGAGUAUGUCCUGUUCCGCGAGAGCGACAUCCUUGCUAAGCUGGAAUAGAUCUGCAACAACUUCUCAAACACCAAAACCGAAACAUUAAGCCAACACGAUAUACAAAUAAUGCUGAAACCACUACUCAUCCUCCUAAUUGCGUUCGAAACUAAAUGAUUAUAAUGAAAUGUUAUAUUUGGUAGAUGGCCAAACUACACACUCCACACACUUCAUCCGACUUUGAAACAUGUCGCGCCUGCUCUUAUAGCUACCACUCACACUGCCAAAUCGUGUAAGGACAGGCCAAAUAAACCACUGUUUUAUCAAAAUA